CAGUCAACUCCUGUAGAGAUGUCUCUCACCGGCUUCCUUAUCCCUCACUGUGCGAAAGCUGAGACAAACACUCAGCCCUCCAAACUCCUCUGCACACACGGCUCACAGCAACUUUCAGGAACUUGAACAGGAAGACCUAAAAAAGAUAAGAGGGCCAUUCAAAGCACACUUUGGGCAGACAAAAUAAAUAUUGUGGUAAGAAUAACAGAGUGCCUGCAAGGGUCAGGUGGAAAAUACUUUGACAAUACUGACAGGUUACCAAGCCAGUGAGAGCCACUGCAAUGGGAAAUACCACCAGCAGCGCCAUUUCAAAGGAGAUCCUGGAGGACCUGAAGCUUAGCACCAAGUUUACAGAGACUGAGAUCUGCCAGUGGUACGAGAACUUUCAGAAGCAGUGUCCGACAGGACGCAUCACACCAGAAGAGUUUGAAGAGAUCUACACCCGCUUCUUCCCUGAAGCUGACGCCAAGGGCUACGCUCGACACGUGUUUCGCUCCUUUGACACCAACGAUGAUGGGACUCUGGACUUCAAGGAGUACAUCAUCGCACUGCACAUGACCUCCACCGGGAAAACCACUCGCAAACUCGAGUGGGCCUUCUCGCUUUUUGAUGUGGACAAGAACGGCUACAUCUCCAAGACGGAGGUGAAGGAGAUCUGCCAGGCCAUAUUUAAGCUAAUCCCCCCAGAAGAACAGAAGAAGUUGCCAGAGGAUGAGAACACACCCGAGAAACGAGCCAACAAGCUUUGGGCUUUUUUUGAUAAAAAAGACAAUGAACGACUGGCUGAAGGAGAGUUCAUAAAAGGAGUGAUAGAAAAUGAGACCGCCAUGCGUCUAAUCCACUAUGAACCGUUAAAACACUAAAGUCAUCCCGUAUUUUGUUUCUUUCGAUUCAUUAAUUGUGAAGCUGGAUCCAUUCUGGUUUGGGUUUUAUUUUUCCUUUGGCUUCUAAGGUCCAGUUUUCAGAUUAAUCCGUUCCUUUUGUGUCUUGGAUUCACCUAACCUAACAGUACAAUUGUUAGUUGUGCAUUAUUGUUUGUUAUUGGACUCACGUAAAAAAGAGGCUGAUAGCUGUUUCUGCAUUUUGUAGUGAAAUAAGUCUGCCAAAAAUAAUACUUUUAGCGAAUAAGUUUUUGUUAAACUAUGGAAAAUACCAUUCUGUAUACAUCAUAAAUGUGUCAAAAAGCAUCUAUGUAGUAAGUAAUCAGUUAUACAAGAAUGUAACUUAUUUUCUAGCUGGACAUGGAUUUGUACAAGCUAUGAAAUUCCUAACUGAAGUUGCACCUCCAGGUUUUAUUCACAUUUGUUGUACAGUAAAAUAAAGGUUUUCUCAUACA